AUGGCGCACAGUCUGCACUGGUACGCGCAAAUCUACUCGACGUCGCGAACCUUGUGCGUCUCGUCGCUCCCGCAGCUCGCGCUGCGCGUCAUGCCGGGCGUCACCAACUUUGGCGUGCUACGACGCGUGGCGAUCUCGCUGCGCUACAAGCGCCACGCACUGGGGCCGCCGCGGGGCGCCGUGCCUGCCUCGGGCUGGCGCGCCUUCACGCUCGAGCAGCGCCACGGACGGCUGCUACAGCUCGUGCUCGCACUCAAUGUGCUGUGGGGUCUCGCCGUUGCCGUCACGUCGGUUCGGGCGCUCUACUUACGGUCACCGUGCCCCGCCUACUGCGUCUACGCGUCGGCGCCGUGGUUCACCACCGAAUGCAACUGCAUCUACGCGCUUCUCAAUUGCCGCGACGUUGGCAUCGAAGCCGACGACAGCAUCGACGAUCGGUUUGCUUCGUCCAUUGUUGGCCCGAACCUUGUUUUCCUGCAUGUGCAGCGCUGCGCAGUCCCGAACGGCCUCGCACUCGAAACCAUUUCGCAGUUUCAGAGCCUGCAUUCCCUCAAGCUUGAAGUGACGCAGUUGGUGCGAUGGGACGUGAUUGGAACCUCGCUCCCGUCGUCGCUGAUGCUCCUUGAUGUGCGCUACAGCCGUCUCUCGUCGGUUCCUCGCAUUAUGCGCUCCAUGCCGCCGUCCGUGCGCUGGCUUUUCUUUGUCGGGCACCCCCAGCUGACGGACAUUUCCAGUGAUGUCUAUGCGAAUUGGACCAAUCUUCUCUCGCUCUGGCUCGGCGAGAACGCGCUAUCGCACGUACGACCUACGGACAUCGCACAAUUGACAUUGCUCCAGAUUGUGGAUCUGAGCAACAACCAGAUCGCAGCCAUUCCGGAGGCAGAAUUUGGCGAUCUUCCGAUGCUUCGAACGCUCUACCUGCACAACAAUGCAAUUCGCGUGUUUCCGUCGACGUUGUUGCAAGCCAAACCGAACCUCGUGCUCACGCUCAACCACAACCCGAUCACGACGAUUGCAGAUACCGUGGGCCUCUCGGUGCACAUUGCAUCGACGCCGUUCUGUACCGCGACGACGGCGUCGUCAGCAUGCUAUGACGACUGCGCGCCGAGUUGCGGCCGGCUCUUUGUCGGAAAUUACCUCUGUGAUCGCAGUUGCAACACGACGGCGUGCGCCUUUGACGGCGGCGAUUGCCAUUUUUAGCGUCAACUCGUUGUCCAAACGAUGAACCUCAUUCCCCCACGAGCGACUGGAUAAUCCCAAGACCCCAA